CAGACGCCGCCACUUGGCGUUCAUUCACAGUCGAUCGUACUCGUAGAGCCGCAGGCCCUGGCGUUCAAUAGCAAACAAACGAUCGAAUCGAAUCGAACAUAGCGCAGUUGCUUGAAAGUAUUCAAAAUGAAGGGAUCUACGCUGGACAAAAUCUGCUGCUUCCUGGCCGAACUCAUCGGCACGGGCAUGCUCAUCUUUCUCGGCUGCAUGGGCUGUGUGAAGACGGAUCUCUUCCCCAACAAUCACCUGCAGAUAAUACUCAACUUCGGUCUGGCCGUCAUGAUCUGCAUCCAGUGCUUCGGCUGUGUCUCCGGCGCUCAUCUCAAUCCGGCCGUAACCGUGGCCGCCUACAUCUACGAGCUGGUCACACUGCCCAUGGCAUUUGUCUACUUUGUGGCCCAGAUGCUGGGCGCCUUCAUUGGCUACGGCCUGCUGAAGGUUCUGCUGCCCGAGGACACCCUCGGUGGGGGCGCCGGACUGUGCGUGACCCUGCCCCACAGCAGCGUGAGCCAUGCUCAGGCAUUUGGCAUUGAGUUCGUGAUCACCGCCAUUCUGGUGAUUGUCUGCUGCGGCGUCUGGGAUCCACGCAACUCCAAGUUCCAUGACUCGGUUGCCAUUCGCUUCGGUCUGGCCAUCUCCUGCCUUGCCUGCGCUGCCGGUCCCUUCACCGGUGCCAGCAUGAACCCGGCCAGGUCCUUUGCGCCUGCCCUUUGGAACGCCCACUUCGAUUCCAACUGGAUCUACUGGCUGGCUCCACUCAGCGCUGCCGCUGUGACCGCCUACGCCUACAAGGCCGUCUUCCGGCGGGAGGUGGUGGAGGCAGAGAUCACCAGCCACGAGAAGCUGCGCCAGCUGGAGGAUGUGCAGCUCUCGUAGAGGAGGAGGCCGAGCAUGCCAAAGACAUUGCAACUACAUUUAACUUUAAGCUAAGACAGCCGAAUUUUAUAUUAAUGCAAUAUAAAGCCUUCGACAAAUAAAGAACAUCGAGAUUUUUAACUAUUUUAAAGAACCCGAA